AUGAAUCAAUCAAUCAAUCAUCGAAUGGAUUCGCAGCAGCAGCUGGGAGCGCGUGCCAAAAGUGUGCCUUUCGAGCGAGUGCCUUUCGCAUCCAGACUCGCCUCAGCCGUUCACCUUUCCUCACAACCAUCCCGCAGCCGUCGUUCUCGACGCAUCCUUCCUUCCACCCGCCAAGCUCGAUCGGAAUCAGCUAUAUCCUCCCUCCGAUCUGCCAAUCCUCCGACUCCAAUUCGGCACCGUGGCCAGCCUGUGCCUGUGCUGCGCAUCCCGGCACGUCCACACGGCUUCAACCGCACGCCAGCACGCUUCGUACUUGCAUCGGCGCGGCACGCUAGCGACGCAGCAUCAAGCGCCGUAUCAACUCGCCCUCUCGGACGCCCUGAGCAAGCAGCCAGCUCUUCAGUCGCAUCCACCUGCUUGGCUUUGAAGUGCAUCAACGCCAACAGCGCCAUUCCCAGCGACAGCGCUCCUGUCUUUAUCCAGCCCUCGGCCUUGCUCUCGUGUCAAGCCUUGCAAGCCUCGCAAGCACACGUGCACACCCACGCUCGGCCGUACCUGCCUGCUCUCCACCAUCCCUUUGCGGCCCGAUCACCGCUCGACAUCUUUGCACAACAUCACCGCCUCGUGUCCAGCACCGCUGCUCGCCCUUCUCCAUCCAUCCAUCUUCCGCCCCCGCCCAACGCUUCUGACAGCGCUCCUCCAUCCGGGCCGUGCGCCGAGCCGGCCAUCAUGUUCAAUGGCUCCGCUCCUCCCAACGGCGGAGGCGCAGAUGCCAACAAUGCCAACCAGAGCCCGCCCAUCGUCAAGCUCGUCCUCGACGCGCUUCAGAACGACGGCCCCGCGCCCAUCGUCACCACCCAGCAGCACGCCCUCCUCCUCGAGACCCUCCUCUCCGAUGCCGCUCCCAACACCCCCGUCCUCCAUCCCGCACAGCGUCAGCGCCUCUUCAACGCCAUUGCCGACAAAGUAGGCCCCGACGCCACCGCAGACGCCGUUCGCUCCGCCCUCCCCAAGCUUCAGCUCAAGCAGGACAAGAGCAUCGCAGAUCUGCUCAUCGAGCUCGGCGUAAAGAGCCUCCCCACCGUCGACACCGCCGCUGCCGUCCUCAAGCGCUUCGGCCUCACCGACGCAAACCCCCCAGACGAGCGCAUCGUCGCAGAAAUCCUCGCCAUCCUCCUCUCCGUCGAUCCCGCCAUCUUCGAGAGCGAUCGAGUCACCGACUUUGCCAACCUCGUCCGCGCCAUCGCCUCCAUCCGUCCCACCCUCUCCUGGCCCCGCGUCGUGCGCGGCCUCGACGAACUCGAUGGCUUCAACCCCUCCUUCCACGGCCGCAUGGCUGGCAUGGCAAGCCUCCUCCUCCACGCUCCCGUCCAGGCACAAUCGCAGGUCGCCGCCGUGUCCGGCCUUUGGGGCCCUUGGGUUCACCGCCUCCGCCAGCUUCAGAUCCUGCACGGCCUUCUCGCCCUCGGCUCCGACAAAUUCAGCUUUGCCUCGCUGCCCGGACGCCGCAUCCUCUCCUCGGACCACAUCGCAGAGGCGCCCAACAGCGUCCGCGAGCAGGCAGAGUCCCUCCUGCCCAGCUCCUACAACUCGCUCGACCUCGUCGAGACGCUCAUCGACAUCUCCUCCUCCGACGAGCAGCACGUCCGAUCCGCCGUCCAGGAGGUGCUCGAGCACGCCAUCAAGGCCGCACCCGAACUCAUCCUCCUCGGCCUCGUCCAGAUCCCACAGCCCUGGAAUCCCGUCCAUGCAGAGCUCGCCUCCCAGCUCCUCACCAUGUUCAUGACCCCCAACAACAACAGCAACCUCGUCUUUCACCGCAUCUGGAAGACCCAGCGCGAGUACCUCCUCAACGCCUUCCGCAACUUUUACCUCGAGAAUCAGCUCAACCUCAGCCGCAUCGUCGAUGUCGCUCAGAGCCUCGGCAUCGUAGACGACCUUGUGGACGCCAGGCCCUUUGCCUUUGCGCUCGACGUCGCCGCGCUCGCGUCGCGCAGAGAGGCCAUCGACCUCGAUGCCUGGCUCCAGGACAACAUCAACCGCCACGGCAGCGACUUUAUCCGCGCCGUCCUCGAGUUCCUCGACGUAAAGGCAAAGGACGACCUCGCCAAGCCAGACCCCCACGCAGAGCAGAGCUUCGUCCCCCUCACCGUACAGAGCGUCGCCAGCUUCCUCAAGGCGCUCCGCUCCAACGGAGACAGCAUGAGUGCCGAGGAGAUCGACUUCUUCAAGGGCGUCCGCAACGUCUGCCUCCAGCUCCAUCCGCGUCUCAUGAACCUUGCACCCGGCGCAGAGGGCCAGGAACCCGGCCUCCAGGUCGUCACCUUCUCCCAGGACAUCCACGAGGAGGCCGACUCCUGGUAUCGCCAGAUGUACGAGGGCAAGAUCAGCAUCGAAGAUAUCGUCCUCCUCCUCCAGCGCACCAAGGCCUCCGAGAACGUGCGCGACCACCAGAUCUUUGCCUGCAUGGUCCACACCCUCUUCGACGAGUACCGCUGGUUCGAGAUGUACUACCCUCCGCGCGAGCUCGAGAUGACCGCCGUCGUCUUCGGCUCGCUCAUCCAGUAUCAGCUCAUCGACUACAUCCCGCUCGGCAUCGCCAUCCGCUACGUGCUCGAUGCGCUGCGCAACCCGUCCGACUCCAACAUGUUCAAGUUCGGCUUGCAGGCGCUGCUGCGCUUCCAGAACCGCCUGCCCGAGUGGCCCCAGCUCUGCCAGGCCCUCCUCUCCAUGCCUCACCUCCAGCAGUCGUAUCCCAACAUCAUCCGCCUCGUCAAGAUGGCCCUCGCCGGCCAGCUGCCUGGCGCCGAUGUCGGCAUGCCCGGAGGUCAGUCGCUCGAGGACAAGAAGGCUCCCUUCCCCGCCAUUCGCGCCGACGCGCCGCCCCAGGACAUCGAGCAGCACGACCCGAGCGAAGAGGUGUCCGACAAGCUCCUCUUCCUCGUCAACAACCUCUCGCCCAGCAACGUCGACGCCAAGCUCGGCGAUGCCCGCCGUCUCAUCACCGCCGACAUCCACCGCUGGUUCUCCAACUACCUCGUGCUCCAGCGCAUCAGCAUCGAGCCCAACAACCACGGCCUCUACGCCCAGUUCCUCGACGGCCUCGAAGCCAAGGGUCUCAUGGCGCACAUCCUGCACGAGACGCUCGCAAAGUGCCAGAUGCUGCUCAACAGCGACAAGACCGUCCAGUCGACGCAGGAGCGCAACCUGCUCAAGAACCUCGGCUCUUGGCUCGGCAGCCUCACGCUCGCCCGCGACAAGCCCAUCCGCCACCGCAACAUCGCCUUCAAGGACCUCCUCAUCCAGGGCUACGACAGCAACCGCCUCAUCGUCGCCAUCCCCUUCGUUUGCAAGGUGAUGGAGCAGUGCGCCAAGUCCAACGUCUUCAAGCCGCCCAACCCCUGGCUCAUGGCCGUCCUGCGUCUCAUGGUGGAACUCUACCAGUUUGCCGAACUCAAGCUCAACCUCAAGUUCGAGAUCGAGGUGCUCUUCAAAGGCCUCAACGUCGAGCUCAAGGAUGUGCCUCCCACCACCAUCCUGCGCAACCGACCCACGGGCGACCUUCUGCAGCAACAGCAACAGCAGCAGCAACAGCAGCAACAGCAGCACCAGUCGACCGGUCAGCUGCAGCAUCUCAGCCAGCAACAGCAGCAGCAAGUGGCGGCGCAGAUGCAGCUCCAGCAGCAGCGCCAACACCAGCAGCAGCUCCAGCAGCAGCCCGCCACAGGCAUCGCGCACGACCUCGAACGUCUCUCGAUCGCUGGAGGUUACGGCGCCGCUGCCGGAGGCCGCAUGGCCCCGCAAGGACAAAAGGCCAGCGCUGCCGCUGCCGCCGUCGCCGCCGCCGGAUCGGGCGCACAGCCAGGCCAGUCCGCUGCCGCCGUCGCCGCCUACACCGAGACGCUCGUCUCGAUGCUGCAGAGCCUGCCUCAGUAUGUGGUGUUCAAUCCGCAGCUCACCAUGUUUGCCAACAACGCUGCACUCAAGCGUCUCAUCUUUGUGGCCAUCGACCGCGCCAUCCGCGAGAUCAUCGCGCCCGUCGUCGAGCGUUCCGUCACCAUCGCGUCCAUCUCGACGCGCGAGCUCGUCACCAAGGACUUUGCCAUGGAGGGCGACGAAGAAAAGAUGCGUGCCUCGGCUCAUCAGAUGGCGCAGAACCUCGCCGGAAGCCUGGCCAUGGUGACGUGCAAGGAGCCCCUGCGCAUCAGCAUGGUGGCCAACGCACGCACCCUGCUCCUCUCCAACGGCUUCACCGAGCAGAACCUGCCCGAGCAGGCGCUCAUGGUCAUCAUGCAGGAGAAUCUCGACCUGGCUUGCUCGGUCAUCGAGAAGGCCGCCAUGGACAAGGCCGUGCCCGAGGUGGACGAGGGCCUCACCAACGCCUACACGAGCCGACGCGAGCAUCGCACCCGCGGUCGCGGCUACUACUGGGACAGCGCCGCCCUGGCCGCCUCGCAGUACGCCGCAACACUACCGGACAUGCUUCGCCUCCGACCCGACGGCCUCCAUCCCGCCCAGCUGCGCGUCUACGAUGGCUUCAGCCGUCGCAUGUCGCCCGGCGCCGACGCAGAUCGAGGCACGCCCGCUUCGGUCCACGCAUCGUCGGUUUCCGGACGAUCCGAGGCCGGCUUCACCGAAGCGCCUGCCCCUGGCGCUGCUGCACUGCAGGACGCCAACGCAGGUGUCCCGUCCGGCCUGCUUCCCAUGGCUGCAGGUGCCACGCUGAGCGCGCAGCAGUCGCUCGAGAAGUUCUCGCAGGGCAUGAUGGAGCUGGAGCGCCUGCUCGAUGCCGCCGACCGCGACUCUGGCCUCGCCGAUUUGUCGCAGGAUCACGAGAUCCGCCAUGCGCUCCGUCUGAUCCCCUUGGUGGCGGCGCAGUCGACCAGCCGCGACGAGACGGCGCUGGCCUUCUCGCAGAAGGUGGUGCAGCUGCUCUUCAAGAUCGAGUCCAAGCUCGGCCGCGAGGUGUACGUGGUGCUGCUCGACAGGCUGUGCGAGAUCUCGCUCAAGGCAGCACGCGAAGUGACCGCCUGGCUCAUCUACGCCGAGGACGAGCGCAAGUUCAACGUGCCCGUCACCGUGGCGCUGGUGCGCGCAGGCUUGGUCAACAUCGCCGAGCUCGAUGUGCAGCUGGCCAAGCUCAUCCUGCGCGACUUCCGCGCGAGCGUGAUCGACUUUUCGGCCCAGCUUGCGCUCGAGUGCCUUCAGGAGCCUGCCUGCGCCACGCGCCAGCAGCUUACGCACACGAUCGAGGCGCUGCAGCGAGCCGGCCAGCGCAGCAAGGACACCGAGGCGUCGAAGCGCUUCCUGCACGAUCUGGAGAGCGGACUGCUCAAGAGCAAGGUGGACAUCGGCAACACGGCGCUGCGCGAGCAGCUGGCGUACUGCUUUGCCGAGUGGGCGCGUCUGUUCCAGCAUUCGCCCAACCCGGAAAAGUCGUUCAUCGACUACGUCACGCAGCUGCAGACGCAGGGCAUCCUCAAGGGCGAGGACAUCUCGUCGAUGUUCUUCCGCGUCUGCACCGAGGUGAGCGUGGACAGCUACAUCAAGCAGAAGGCGGUGGGCGGCUCGCCCGCCACGGGCAUCUUUUCGCCCAUCGACGCCUUCUCGCGUCUGAUUGUGUUGAUGAUCAAGUACCACGCCGACCCGACGGGCGCCAACAACGAGCAGGCCAAGGUGCACUACCUGACCAAGAUCCUGUCGAUCGUGGUGCUGGUGCUGGCGCAGUCGCACGAAGAGCUCGGAGUGCAUUUCCAGCAGAAGCCCUUCUUCCGACUGUUCUCGAGCCUGCUGCACGACCUGCACGCCGCCGAGUCGAAUCUCGGCCACGCGUACGUGCAGUCGCUGCUGGCCAUCAGCAACACGCUCAACACGCUGCAGCCGUCGUUCUUCCCCGGCUUUACGUUUUCGUGGAUGUCGCUGGUGUCGCAUCGACUGUUCAUGCCCAAGCUGCUCGAGGCGAACGAGCGCGAGGGCUGGGGCGCGUUCCAUCGGCUGUUUGCGUCGCUGCUGCGCUUCCUCUCGCCGCUGCUGCGCAAUGCCGAGCUGCAGGACACGUCGCGCCAGCUGUACCGCGGCACGCUGCGCAUCCUGCUCAUCCUGCUGCACGACUUCCCCGAGUUCCUGUGCGACUACCACCAGAGCCUGUGCGACCUGGUGCCGACAUCGUGCAUCCAGCUGCGCAACAUCAUCCUGAGCGCCUUCCCGCGCAACCGACGCCUGCCGGAUCCGUUUGGCGCCAACCUGCAGAUGUCGAUGCUGCCCGAAGUGGCCCAGGCACCGCGCAUCGCUUCGGACUACCUCGCGGCACUCGAGCAGGUGGAGGGGCUGCGCGGCGCCAUCGACGCAUUCGUCGAGCAGCCACGCGGCAGCGAGCUGCCGGAGCAGCUCGUGGGACUGCUCAAGCAGGUCACGAGCAAGGCAGCCGCCACGAGCAACGGCGUGAGCAAGGACGAGGCUGCUGGCGCGCACGCUGCGAGUAACGUCAACGCCGGACUGAUCAACUCGACUGUGCUGUACCUUGGCGUGCGCUCGAUCGAGUCGCGCCGCAGUGGCAACGAGGAUGGCGGCGCUGCGGUGCUGCGCUGGCUGGUGGCCGAGUCGGAGCCCGAGACGCGGUUUGUGGUGCUGACGGCGGCGGCGAACCAGCUGCGCUUCCCGUCGAGCCACACGGCGUACUUUUCGUCGGCGCUGCUGCAGCUGUUUGGCGAGAGCGACGACGAGCUGGUGCGCGAGCAGAUGCUGCGCGUGCUGCUCGAGCGGCUCAUUAUCAACCGCCCGCAUCCGUGGGGUCUGCUCGUGACGUUUAUCGAGCUCAUGAAGACGCAGCGACACCGUCUGCCGCGUGCGCCCGCCGAGAUCCAGGCGCUGCUCGACCACAUUGCCGCCACGCUCUCGACGAGCAGCAGCGGUGCGAGCAGCGACCAGCAGCAGCAGCAGCACUCGGCGCACGCACAUCUCAACGGGCAUGCAGGCUUUCUGCCGCCGCACAUGAUGCAGCAGCAGCAGCAGGCCUAA